UUCGAAUGCACAAUUUGUAAAAAAACCUUCGAUGCUAAACCUCAACUUUUAUUACACGCUAAAGAUAUACACAAAAAGAAGAAUCUGUUUGAAUGCCACGAUUGUACCAAGGCGUUUACAACAAGGCAAAGCUUGAAAGUACACACUAGAACUCAUACGGGAGAAAAGCCGUACAUUUGUGAAUAUUGUGCUAAAGCAUUUUCUGUACUCUCUAAUUUAAGACAGCAUAUUCGUUUGCAUACAAAUGAAAAACCGUAUAAAUGCAGUGACUGUGAUUUAUCUUUUCGCGUUAAGAGAAACUUAAGUAAGCAUCAACAAAAGCAUACA